UUCUGCAAACACAGCCAAGGCUGUUCCUCUAUAAAAGGGGCAGAAAGCGGUUCCAGAGCCAUCACAGACUCGGAGGGGACGGUCUGUGACCAAGGCUGCUGCACCCCUCCCACGGCACCCGACCCCUGCUCAAGCAUGAAACUCGCACUCUUCACUGUGCUAUCCCUUGGGAUAGUGGCUCUGUGUUUUGCUGCCCCCCAAAAGCCAAGUGUCAGGUGGUGCACAAUUUCCUCAGCAGAAGAGAAAAAAUGCAAUAGCCUGAAGGACCAGAUGCAACAGGAGAACUUUGCUUUCAGCUGCCUGCAGAAAGCAUCCUACCUCGACUGCAUAAAAGCCAUUUCGAACAGCGAAGCAGAUGCCAUUAGCUUGGAUGGAGGUCAAGUUUUUGAGGCAGGCCUUGCUCCUUACAAGCUGAAGCCCAUUGCUGCUGAGGUCUAUGAACACAGUGAAGGCUCCACUACCAGCUACUACGCCGUGGCCGUUGUGAAGAAAGGAACGGGCUUCUCCAUAGAUGAGCUGCAGGGCAAGACCUCCUGCCACACAGGGCUGGGCAGGUCAGCAGGCUGGGUCAUCCCCAUUGGGACCCUCAUCCACCGCGGGGCCAUCGAGUGGGACGGCAAAGACUCGGGCUCCAUUGAGCAAGCUGUGGCCAAUUUCUUCUCUGCCAGCUGUGUCCCUGGUGCCACCACUGAAGCCAAACUGUACCGUCAGUGCAAGGGGGAUGCCAAGACCAAAAUGUCCCGCACGGGACCUUAUUCUGGAUAUUCUGGAGCUUUUCACUGUCUGAAAGAUGGCAAAGGAGACGUGGCUUUUGUGAAACACACAACUGUUCAAGAAAAUGCCCCAGCAGAGAAGGAUGAGUACGAGCUGCUGUGCCUGGAUGGCACCCGCCAGCCCGUGGACAACUACAAGGCCUGUCACUGGGCCAGGGUUCCUGCUCAUGCUGUUGUGGCUCGAGAUGACAGCAAGGUCAAUGACAUCUGGAACUUCCUCUCCAAAGCACAGGAAAAAUUUGGUGUGGGCACAACCAGCACCUUCCACCUCUUUGGGCCACCUGGCAAGAAGGACCCAGCCCUCAAAGACUUGCUUUUCAAAGACUCUGCAGUACAGCUGAAGCAAAUCCCAUCACUGAUGGAUUCUCAGCUCUACCUGGGCUUUGAGUAUUACAGUGCUGUCCAGAGCCUCCAGCAAGAUCGCCUGAGCCCCAGCCGCAGGGACAACAAGAUCCAGUGGUGUGCCAUUGGCAGGGAUGAGAAGAAGAAAUGUGAUGUCUGGAGCGUGAUGAGCAAUGGGGAUGUGGAGUGUGUUGUGGCAGAGGACACCAAGGAAUGCAUCACAAAGAUCAUGAAAGGUGAAGCAGAUGCCAUCAGCUUAGAUGGAGGCUUUGUCUACACUGCUGGCAUGUGUGGCUUGGUGCCAGUGAUGGCAGAGAGCUAUGAGGACAAUCACUGUGAAUCACAAGAAGAACCAGCAACCUACUUUGCUGUGGCUGUUGUGAAGAAGUCUGACAAGGACAUCAGCUGGAACAACCUGCAGGGUAAGAAGUCGUGCCACACCGCCGUGGGGAGAACUGCUGGCUGGAACAUCCCCAUGGGCCUGAUCCACAACAGGACAGGCAACUGCAACUUUGAUGAAUACUUCAGCCAGGGCUGUGCUCCCGGGUCUCCUCCCAGCUCCCGUCUCUGCCAGCUGUGCAAGGGCUCAGGGGGAGUCCCUCCGGAGAAGUGCGUUGCCAGCAGCCACGAGCAGUACUACGGAUACACCGGAGCUUUAAGGUGUCUGGUUGAGCAGGGGGAUGUGGCCUUUAUCAAGCAUUCCAUCGUUGAGGAGAACACUGAUGGCAAGAACACAGAAAGCUGGGCCAAAGAUCUGAAAAUGGACCAAUUUGAGUUGCUGUGCACUGAUGGGCAGCGGGCAAAUGUCAUGGAUUACAGAAGAUGCAACCUGGCCAAAGUCCCUACCCACGCUGUGAUGGCACGUCCUGAGAAAGCACGCCAAGUCCGUGAGAUGCUGGAGAACCAAGAGAGGCUGUUUGGACCAAAAGGAACCAGGAGAGACGAUUUCAAUAUGUUUGCAUACGAAUCCAAGGAUCUUCUGUUUAAAGACCGGACAAAGUGCCUGAUCAGUCUCCGUGAUGGAAUCUCGUACAAGGAAUUCCUUGGAGAUAAAUACUAUGCUUCACUUGCCAGCCUCAACACCUGCAAUCCAUCAGAUCUUCUCCAGGUGUGCACCUUCCUUGCAGACAAGUAUGUCUCUGACUAUUAUCCCAUUGUCCCGCUGGCAGAGGAGAACUACAGCUCCCAUGAGACCCCGCGCCCGCCCUUCCCGGCGUGCGGCGGGGCCGGAGGCGGAAGCGCGGCGUGGCCACGAGUGCGGGCCAUGGCGGGCGGGCUGGAGCCGCACCUGGCGGCGCUGCGGCGGGAGCUGGGCGGCCCCGCUGUGCUCUCCGUGCUCGUCGCGCUCAUCGCCGUCGCCAUCACCUUCCUGCUCUGGCGGUUCGUGCAGGGCAGGAAGAGCAGCCGCAAGGCCGUGCUGCUGCUGGGCCUCUGCGACGCGGGGAAGACGCUGCUUUUCGCGAGGCUGCUGUCGGGGCGCUACCGGGACACCCAGACCUCCAUCACCGACAGCUCUGCAGUCUACAGGCUCAGCCGGGACAAGAGCACCAAUGUGACCUUGAUCGACCUUCCAGGCCAUGAGAGUCUGAGGCUGCAGUUCCUGGAGAGGUUCAAGGCUGCAGCCAGAGCCAUCGUGUUUGUGGUGGACAGCGUGGCCUUCCAGCGGGAGGUGAAGGACGUGGCGGAGUUCCUGUACCAGGUGCUGGUGGACAGCACCGUGCUCAGGAACGCGCCCGCGCUGCUCAUCGCCUGCAACAAGCAAGAUGUCACAAUGGCAAAAUCAGCAAAACUCAUCCAGCAACAGCUGGAGAAAGAGCUCAAUACCCUGCGGGUGACACGCUCUGCAGCCCCCACCAGCCUGGAUGGCUCAGCCACAGGGGGCCCUGCCCAGCUGGGGAAGAAGGGCAAGGACUUUGACUUCUCCCAGCUGCCCAUGAAGGUGGAGUUUGUGGAGUGCAGUGCUCGAGGCAGCAAGGGGGAGGAGGGAGAGGCUGACUUGGAGGCCCUCCAGAAGUGGCUGGUGAAAGUGGCCUGAACACAGAUGGGCAGGGCUGGAGGGCUGAAGGGGAAAAGAUGGUCUG